AUGCCACCGCCUGGACCUCAGACGGAGACAAAGAAGAGGAGGCCAGGGUGUGAUGUGAGUGCUGUCUUCCCAAACAAGAAAGAAAUGCCCGUGAGAUUGACCCAGGUGCUUUGCUCCUUUCCCAGGGAUGCCGGUCGAGGCGACACCAAGGAGCAGUGCUCCCAGUGUGUUAAGAGAGGCCAGCCCUGCGUGCGAGGAAUCAGGGUCCGGUUCCGUCACACGUACAAUCCGGGCCUGGACCAGAGCCAGUAUACCUUCACCUCGGACCAGACGUGGUGCAAGACCACCAACAAGAGGAUCAGGUUCGUCGACGAGACCGAGGAGGUGGCCUCGUUCUACGAAGGAGACCUCAGUGACGACGACGAGGAGGGCUUCCAGGGCCCCGUACUUUAUCAGGACCCCCCCUCUCCCGAUGCCUCGACCGCACUCAGUCCCACACCUACUAUUCGGCUGCCGGCCUCAAGGUCCGCGCUAUUCCAUGACACCGGCAGUGCCCUUCCUUCGUCAUCGGGCCGCUCUUACUAUGAGCAAGAUGCUGGCUCAAGACACGGCGUCUCAGAACCGAAAGGACCUCGGACGCCCGCCUUGAAUGUCUUCCCCACCCCGUCAUCCUUUCCAUCACCCGAGACCGCACAUUCAAAUAACCCACAUCCACUGUACCCGAAGGUCGACGCGUCUCUCUUGCCACUGAAGAAUGCCCAUGAGGCAGAUCUCAUCUACCGGUUUAGCAUAGGUAUAGCACCACAAUUUGACAUAUGCGACCAGGAAAAGACCUUCGCCUCCGUUCUCCCCAACAAAUCCUCCAUAUGCCCUCUCUUGUAUAAAGCCAUCCUUGCCGUCACUGUCAAGAGUGCCCGGAACGGCCUUGGUGGAUUUCCGUCCGCUGAGGAGGAGGCCUACCUCCGCGACGCCUUUCAGGACUUGGCGCCCGUGCUGAACGGCUGCGUGGUUGGCAUGGUGGAUGAGAGCACAGGCCUGCUGGCCGCUGCUGUCCUGCUCCAGCACCACAUGGUCAUCCAGACACCGAGGGAGAAACCGAUCGCAGAGUCAGACUCUCUUGACAUGAAGCUCAUCCAGUCCAAGCUGGUGCUGGAGCUCGUCGACUUUGUGGGGCAGCCAGUCCUCUGGGCAAGUGUCCGGCAGGCCAUCUACAUGGCCAUCAUGCAUCAGAAGACGCCCAUCCUGUACAGGGAGUGCCUCAAUAUCGACCCGACCAGUACGAGCCCGGGUGAUGAUCGGAGAUGGGCCGCCAGGAUCACCCUCCUUCUCGUGGACGUGAUAUGCUACUGCUUCGGGGAGGACAAGAGCCUGGCCGAGCACAGCGCGCUCGUCGAGUACGCAGAGGAGUGGAUGAAGAACAGGCCUGAGACGUUCAGCCCGGUGUUCAUCUGUAAGGAGGAGGACAGGCCGUUCCCGGAGAUUUUCCUCCUAAACGAACACGCCGUCCUCGGGCUGCAGUACUACCACCUUGUGCGCAUCCUGCUCAUCGCCUAUGACCCGGGCAUACCAAGGCUCGGGCUCGAGCAGAAGGCCGCGGUGCGGUCCAUGGACGAGACGCUCCGCGAGGACGUCAGGAUCGUGUGCGGCAUUGCCGACGCCAUCAGCCAUGUCAACACUGCGCACCUGGCCGCGAGCAUGGCUAUUGCCCUAGCCGGUGACCGCUUCGACGACCCUGAUGAGCAGCAGGCUCUGCUGGAUGUUUUGCUCAGGACGGAGAAGGGGCUAAAUUGGUCGACCCUGCCAGCGCGGGAGGCUCUGAGACAGACUUGA